CUUAGAUUCGGAAAUAUUUCUCAAAAACUCGACUGGGAGUUGUAUCGAGUGCAUAGCACGCCUGGAAACAAAAGGGCCCCGUCAGUGAAGGGUUAGAAAAGAAUUGGCACUUGCCUCUACGCACCUCUACGAGAGUGAGAGGAUGAAGCCGCCAGGAUUAGAGUAAGAAGACGGACUGAAGAACGGAUCUAAAUAAACAGCCACAGGCUCACGGGCCUCACGGGUGGGCCAAUGACUGUGCGCUGUGCAGCUAACGCCAGAGACCAACCGCGAUCAUUUGUGAGGUUAAAAGCGAUGGUGGCGGGCUACGGUUUCUACAAAUUUGCGACGAGGAAGAGCGCGACGGAUGCCGGUGAUAGCGUUGUGAUUGGUGAAGGUUCUGAUGAACACAAAAUGGUAUUGGUAGUGAGAAACGACUUGAAAAUGGGGAAAGGAAAGGUGGCAGCUCAGUGUGCUCAUGCUGCAGUAGCUGGAUUCGAAGCUGUUCUCAAAUAUCCAAAACUCUUGCAGGAGUGGACGGAAAAUGGACACAAGAAAAUUACUGUCAAGGUGGACAGCGAAGAAGAGUUGGACCAGAUAAAUAAAGCAGCAAGAGCAGCAGGUUUGAUCGCAAUAACAAUUCGUGAUGCAGGUCGCACGCAGAUCGCAGCUGGCUCCAAAACCGUCUGCUGCGUGGGUCCAGGUCCUGGUGAAGUAAUCGAUCAAGUAACCGGUCAUUUAAAAUUAUACUGAGACAAUAAAAAAUCUUCGAUACUUUUUCUACUGAA